AGCCCGCGGAGCCGCGCGCUGCCCGCCCGAGAGGGGGGCGCCCGAGGGGAGAGGAGGGCGGGCGGGCGGCGGAGGAGCGGGAGGCGGGCAGCGAGAGCGGAGGCUGAGGGAGCGGCGGGCGCGACGGGCCAGGAUGGAUUUCCAGCAGCUGGCUGACGUUGCGGAGAAAUGGUGCUCCAACACGCCCUUCGAGCUCAUCGCCACCGAGGAGACCGAGCGCAGGAUGGAUUUCUACGCCGACCCUGGCGUCUCCUUCUACGUGCUGUGUCCGGACAACGGCUGCGGGGACAAUUUUCACGUGUGGAGUGAGAGCGAGGACUGCCUGCCUUUCUUGCAGCUAGCACAGGAUUACAUCUCCUCCUGCGGCAAGAAGACGCUCCAGGAAGUCUUGGAAAAAGUCUUCAAGUCUUUCAGACCUUUACUGGGGCUUCCAGAUGCCGAUGACGAUGCCUUUGAAGAGUACAGUGCAGACGUGGAAGAGGAGGAGCCAGAGGCGGACCACCCCCAAAUGGGGGUCAGUCAGCAGUAAACUUCCGGGGGCUCCCACCUGAGAGGGAAAGAGUAGCCCGUGGUACCCAAGGUGGGGUCGCGUGCUCCUGGGUUAGCCUUUUGCAUUAGCACUUCAAAACGGGCCAUCUGACUCCCAGCCUCCAAAUUAAAAUGAAGUACCUUUUUAAUGACCACAAAAUAUCUGGAAUGAGUUUUGCUCAGAAGUGACCUGAAUUUGACUCCCGUUUCAGUGGGUUUCUAUGGUAGUGUCUUGGUAGCCUUUGCCAUUUUGAACUUAGAAUCCAUUUCAUGGCCGACUGUUCUCUCUUGUGUUUAUGUUGAAGAACUAACAUUCACUGACUUGAAUGUAGAGAACUCUGAAUGUGCUAAGGAUAUGUCUGGAGUCCUCGACAGGGGACAUUAUUGAGGGAAAGCAUGGCAGAGAAGAAAUGCAGUCUUCACUUUUUAUGUACCUUUUAAGUGUCCGUAAGUGAAAGGGUUUGCUUAAAAAGCAUGAGUUUUAAUAUCUAGUCAUUAAACUGCUCAAGUGCAAACACAAGGGCAGAAAAGGAUAAUCACUUAGCUUUGGAUUAAGAGGGUAAGAGAGACAGGGAAGCCUUUGUUUAAAUGUUCUGCCAUUACUAAAUUACCUGGAUAUAUAGUAACGGGGUCAUGGUUAGGUAUUAACAUUAUUUGCAUGUUCAAUUAUUUUAAAACAUGCUAAUUCCAAAGGCACUUUUAAAGUCUAAUAGUGAAAAUAAUAAAUGGGUGACAUGAAUUAUUGAUUUAUUUUUAAAGUUUAUAAGCUGUCCCACAUAUGAGAUGAAACAUUUACCUUAUCUCUUUAUAAUGAGAUGGCAACUUGUUAAAUCAUGAAAACAUCCAAAAUCCAAGUGCCACUUAAACUUUGAAGCCAUAGAUAAAUUUAAUGGGAAAAUAAACCAGGAUAAAAAUUUUUUUUAAUAUGAUGGAAUCCUUUACUUUCUUAAUCUUUUAUUCCUUAAAAAAAAGAAAUCAAGAAAAGUAUCCCACUGUAUAACUUACUAAAAAAUCAUAAGUGUUUCAAAGAAUCUAAUUAAAGUGGAUUUCUAAAGCGAUACAGGGUGGGAAUCUUCUUAAUCAAGGAUUAGCUUGGUUCAGAGGGGAAAUUUUAAUGAUCAAAAUAUUCAGACAACUCACAGAAUGACUGCUGUCAUAGCUGGAAACACUGAUGUCCUCAUUUAGCCAACAAAUACAGGUGAAAUCCUUUGUAUUGCUAACGUGGAAUUAUUUAAAACAUUCAUUUCUUUGGACUCUUCUGCAUCCCUGGCAUAAUGACUUAGGAUGCAGAAUGCCUCUUAUACAGCACUUGACUCAACAUAGCAUCUCGGGGGGUGGGUAUGUUUUAACAUGCACAUAGGUGCCUGUUAGGUUCUCAAAGUUUUGGAUUAAAAAGAAAAAGAAAAAACAGCAGAGGCCACAGAGCUUCUGGGAGUCUUGUAUAUCUCCCAGGCAUGUCACUGUAAACCUGAUUAUCUCAACAUUUCCUGUUUAAUUGGUUGGUGCUGUGCGGAGUGGCUGCUCGUGGUAAAUAGUGUACUGCAGUUUUUAAGUCAUCUGGUAAAAUCAUACAGUGGUUCCAUCCAUCCUUCAGUGCCCACAUUUUUUUCUUUUCUUGGAAAAACUUAGUAAAGGUUGAUUUCAAGUAAAAUGAAUUUCCUUCCAAGUAGCCUAUUAACAGAACAAACCUUGGUGUUUUAUCCAGUGGGGCGAGUGUAUUCUGUGCUUUGCUCCCUUGCCUGCUUGCUGAUUGGCUCUGUACCUGAGCAGAGGGCAUAGUGAGGCAUCUCCCAGGCUUGGAAACCUCUACUUUAACACAACAGGCAGAAAGAAUGACUUCUGCAACUGAAAUGAAGAACUUGACUAGCUUGCUCCAUUCAAAGGUAAACUGAAAUUUUAUACAUGGAAGUCUAACUUCUAAAUUUACAUGUGUUUGAAAAUGGAAUGGACAUUAAUAUAAAAAUGUAUCUUAUAAAAAAAAGUGCUUAGGCUUCGACCAAAUGCAUUUCGGUAUUAUUAUGUUAAUAUUUUCUGUUUACAAAAAUUAAGCUGCGAUCACUCAGGCGUUCUGUGAGCAGAAAAGAAAUCUGGUCUGUGUUCUGCCCCAGGGGUAGGGGAUAACACUUUGUAUAUUACUUACUUUCAUGGGAAAAUCCUCUAAAACUUCACACAUCCCCACCAGGGCUUGCCAGUGCUUGCGCCCGUGUGCACAGUCAGUCCCGCCUGCACGGAUACCCCGUGCAGUUCAUGUGUGGCGUUAGAGCGUGCGACAGCCUCCCCUGGUUGGUCAGUGAGUCGGGCGGUCUAUAGUUUUGUUAUGGGAAUGGUUCCGUGGCCAGGCCAGUUCCUGACUUUCAGAAAUAUACAAACACACUUCACCAUGAGGCAGUGUGGACUGAGUGGGAGGAGCACUGACCCAGGAGUUGGGAGACAGACUUGACUCUGCCGGGGACUGUGUAAGUGAGAAGGAAAUGCUUUGAAUCUUGCAGAGAUACUGUCCUGAGGAUGUUGGCCACAGUGUGUGUGGUUCGUGAGUGUCCAAACCUCCUAGGGCCUGAUCCUGAGGGGCUGAUGAGGGUAAAGUAAGGUCCCAGUAGACAGAGAUAACAAAUCUGUCUGGUUGUACGUGCCCUGUCUAUGGAAGGCAGACAGACUGUGUGUGGCUUUGAAUUGGAGUAAGUUUGACUUAGCUGAGGGGAAGUUUGCAUGGAGAAUAGCUGGAAGAGAGGGAAAGAUGAGUGCUUUUACUUUUUUGCCGUAUCAUCCAGGAAGUCAUAGAGUGUGCGUGAGUGUGAGUGGGGUGAGUGUGCAGGUAUGUGAAGAGGGAUGAUUGCACGUUGAUCACUGGGGCCAGCUGUGAAUUCAUGCUUAUGAUAACAUGACACAACCUUGAUCCUGGUGUGAGGGAAUCCAGAGACAUGUUUCUUAUAGGCUACCAGGUUACUUCUCUCUGCCUGAUGAUACGCCUUGCUGACUUCCGGGAGUUGGAGCCGGAGUUGGCGGGGUGAGACCCCAUCCAGCGCCUGCUGCCACCCUUACUCAGUUACACCAAGGUGUCCAUCUGGUCUCCUAGCCUCCUCCUAGAAGCAUCUAGUCCUUUGUUCCCCAUGACUAGAACAUAAAUGUCUCUUAUUUAGGAAUUUUCCUUAUGUUCUGGGGCCAGAAUUAGGUUCUCAGUGUACAUAAGUGAAAACUUCUCUCCUCUCAUAGUUACUGUUAUUUUUCUUGGUAAGCAGAAACUUUUCUCCAGCACAAUUCCAUCUGUAUUGUUUCUGUUUCAUAAGAGCACAAAGUAUGAAUCUAGGGGAGCGGUGAUACCAGAGCAUCGUUGGGAUGUGUAUUUUAGGAAUCUGCCUUACAUAUUAAAAUUCACGAGCUGGGAAACUAUAGUAUGAACAAAUUGGAUUUCCCACAGUUUGCGAGCACAUAGGACUAGGCAGGACUUAAGCUGGGUGGAAGAUGAGGAAGGGAGAAGGGGAGAGUUAGGCUAUGAUUCUUUAAAAAAAAAAAACCCAGGGGGCAGUUACCAAGUGAGAUGCAGGAAAACUGUUGUCAUGGCUAUCUUACUAGGAGCCUGCCCUCCUCAAAGGCAUGUUGACAGGCAAAGCCUAUGUUGUGGGUGGCUUUAAAAAUGUCCCCCAGCUAAGGAGACAGCAGAUGUCCUGCACAUUUGGUGGAGUUCUUUUCCUCCACAAAGCAGCCAGAGAAACCUCUCUAAAUUUCCAAAGUGCUAACAGAUCUGAGAGGAGCUCCAGUCACCUGCAAGCAGAGUGUGAACCAAACUGGAUCUUGCUGUCAGCUGCAGAGGAGGCCAAGCUUCAGGAAUGCUCUGUGGGCCAGAGGGCAAAGACUCCUCAUGCUUCAAGGUCGCAGACAGAGCACAAUUAAAGCUCAAGCGGAUUGCAGAUCCCCUUUUCCUGUAGUGAAUGUUAGUCCCAAAGAGAUACUAUUGCCAAUUGUCUCAUCUUCAGAUUACGGGCCUCCGUUUUUUUGUGUUAAAAACUACUGCCCUUCCAAAAAGUCCUAAUCAGUUAACCUUGGUUUUGUGACACCAGGUAUGACAUGAAAGACAGAAGUCUUUUAGAUUGUAUACAAAAUGAUUCUGAAACUUGCCAGAAGGCCAGUUGCCUCUGGUGUCCAUGGUAAAAUAUCUAUAUAGCUCACGCUAACUGGGCAGAUGUUAAGUAAUACGUUGUCAAUAUUUUUAUUUCAAUUUGGAUUACAGAAAUAGAGAAUCUAUGAGCAUUUCAUGUUAGAAAGCCCCUUUAAAGCACUGUAAGGCUGAAAAGCACAGUUAAAAGGGUGCACCAGGCCACAUAAAAAUGAACAUUUAAUUUGCUAAGAACUAUAUUCAAGUUACACUGUACCACAGAAAAAGCUGACAGUCUGCUCUUUCUAAAACUGCCUUUUCUUGGUUUUCUCUUUUGUUUUUGUUUUUAAAAAUUUAUUUUUUUACUUUAAGAACCUUCUGAUAGCUGGGUAGAUAAAGAUACAGAGUGGUACUCUGUACAAAUGUCAGUUUUUUAGAGGAGGAAGUAAAUCAUCAGUUUUAAGGAAAGCCUGAAACCAGCUGUGAACCAGUCUUAGUUUGUGUAUGAGAGCAAAGUUUAGCUCUCAUGAGAAGAAACAGCAAGGAACAAUUUGGGGCCUGGGGGUUUAGGCCAGAAAUGUUUUGUGCAGGGUGUGUAUGCUUUCUUUGCUUUUAUAUUUCCUUUCAAAGAAAUCACUUGUAAAUCACAAAACCUGUGAAAUGGGUUGCCAAAAAUUGUUGCCCUUCAUUAGAUACUUCAAGCAGUGUAAAUCCUAAAUCAAACCCUGUCUACAUCUGCUCCUUCCUCCUUCCCCGAGUGAGGAUGUCAUCCAACAGUGUAAUUACCAUACGCUUGCUAUUAAAGAGCCUUCCAAACUCU